AUGUCAAAAACGUUUCAAACAACCAAACACAAGUAAAUUAACCACCGUUGCUGUCGUGCGGCCACGUGAAAAUUUCCUCGUUCGAGAGCCGUGUGUGUUGCCCAAAUGGAGGCAAAUGGUUAAAAACAAAAAAUAUAUUCCAGCAAAUAAGUGUAUUAUUAAUAAAAACAGUGAAAUUAAGUAACGAAAAUCGGUUCUUGUCGCCGGUAUGUGAAUGCUUUGUGAGGUUAAAAUCGGAAAAAAGCUGGCGCGGAAGCUAAGCACAAGGCAAAAGUAAGAAGGAGCACGUUGUCGAUUUGGCAUUAACCGCGUGUGAUAUUUUGAAAACAAGGUUCUUAAACAUAAAGAGCGAUAACUAGAAAGUAUUCAUGAUCAAAUACAACAUAACUGGACUACAAAAGUUUGUUGACAAAAAACAAUUCGCGACAUAAUGGAUUCACGGCUCUUGAACGUAUUUCACGAUGAUCCGUUCGACGGUAGUUAUACCCAACUCAAUGCGGAUUUUUGGUCCGGUGGGAGCGAUACAAUGGGCCAACUCACAGAGACAUUGAAUGGAAUUCUACCAAUCGCUGCGGAAGCAGACCAAAAUGCAGAUAUUUACAGUAGUACCACAAUGCUCGAUACCGAAGACCAUUUCCGGAUAACGAAGAAAAUAGAUUCUGCAACGAAUCUACAAAAUGAUGAAUUGCUAAUUUAUGAUGACUUUACACAGCAUCAACUGCCAGCAGAUGGAGCAAUUGAAAUUAUAACUGUUGAUCCUAAUUCAUUAGACUCCGACACAGAUCUGGAUACCGAUGAUACUGACGAUGAUGAUAUCGGUAAUGAUAAUGAGCUGAGUGAAGAUCAUGGUGGAGAAUUCGACGACAAUCAAAGUCAGUAUAGUGAUGCAACAUUUCGCACACGUACUGAUAGUUCUUCAAUCGGUGACUACGAAUCGCAUACGAGUGACUAUGAUGACAGUUCUGAUGACGAGGAAACUGCUGGUGAUAACAUAAAUAACCAAUGUGACGAUAUACAUACAAGUAAUAAAACUGAAGCGCUUUUGUUGGGAAUCGAUCAAUUACCUGAUUUAACAGCGGGUCUGUUAGCUACUGAUGGAAUCGAUGUGAACGGUGAAUUCCAUCUACCCCUGGAAAACGUCAUAGCGGGUGGUAAGAAUCGAACUAUGAGCACCAACACCAUAGGUUCGGAUGUCGACGUUAAUAAUUUCGAUUUAGCAGAAUUUAUAACAAACGAUAAUUUAUCCUUAAAUGUUCCUAAAGAGAACUCAAAAAUGAAUAGUAAAUUGCAAACUAAGACAAUUGUUCACACAAAAAUGUUACCAAUACCGGUUAAACAGAAUUUAGAAACAGAUUCUGACGCUGAUUCAGAUGUUAUUGUUGAUAUAGAGACAGUAGAUGUAGAUAAUGCGAAAUCUUUAUGGGAUAUUGCAUCUAAAAGUUUCGUUAAAACAAAAGAAAAUGGUAAUAAUGAUGUUAUAUACAAAGAUAAUGUCAAAGAGGAUCCAUCAUGGAGUCCCAAAUGUGCAAAGAAACAAGAUACUACAGCGAAAGAGGCAAAAACACGGUCAUCUACCACAACAAAUACUUCAGAAAGUCAAACUACUAGUAAUCCUCAAAAUGCACGCAAUUUUACUAUAAUACCCAGCAAACGUCAAUGUGACAUCCUUAAAGGCAAAGCUAGCAAUGGCAAGAAUAAGUCAUCUUCAAAGCAUAAUCAAGUGAAAUCUAUGACGAAAAAAGGACCAGAGAUUACAACAGGAAAUGUCCAAAAAGCUGGUUCACUUACUUGCAGAGUUGGUGUGGGUCAAAGUGGCAAAAAUUUGGUCCUGCUAUCACAAAAUUCUUCUACAUCUGAAAGCAAAUCACAAACUACCAAGACUGCAGGAAUAGAUGAGAAAAAGUUGGUGACACUAACAAAUACUGUACAAGAAACAAACAUUGCAUUAAAAGAAAAGAAAAACGAAAAAUUAGUGGAGCAUGAAAAAUUAUCAGUUAAGCGAAAACUAAAUUUAGAAGAAUAUAAACGCCGACGUGACAAAGCUCCACCUGGUCAGAAUGAAGGCGUUAACGCAGCAACCGAAAGCCAAUUAAACAAAUCUGCAACCCAAAGCAUGCAAAUAAAACACAGCGAAGAGGUAAAAUCUGUUGUUAAGAGUUUGAGAAAUCAAGCUAAACAGAAAACUCAAACUGAUCCUAUAACUGAGGCUAAAAAUAAGGUAUUGCGCAUGCAGGAGUUGAAACGAGCACAACAACUGAAGAUUAUAGAUUCGACAAUAUCUGCGAAAGUACCGCGUGUCACAAAACUACCACCACUUAAGGACAUUGUAAAGGACACAUGCUAUGCUGAUAAUACCCAAUACAAUCAAUCUGCGGCUAAUACAAAAUUACAUCCAGAUUAUGAAGAACUAAUUAUCGUAUCCGCUGGCAGUAAUACGGAUAUUAGUAUACCACCACUUAAUGUAUUACCUAUUAAUACUUGUGAACGUUCACUUUUGAAGUCAUCAGCGUUGUUAUAUAAUAAUAUGCCAAAGGGAUUAACCUCAAGCAGUUCUUUGAUUGCCAGUAUACAGGACGUUUUUGUACAAAAAGUGGUUGGUCCUGAAAAGACCAGCAUUGCGAAUGGUCCUACAACGUCGGUUACGGAGAAAACAAGAAAACAGGGAGAGCAACAUGGCGAGGAUAAAGUCAUUAUGCAUUUGCGUAAGGAUAGAAUAGGACCGCGCACCGUCAGCGUUGGCAUACAAACUGACUUACAACCAGGAUUUGCUCGUUUGCCAAAAGUUCAGCUAAAAAAGCGUUUACAGCGAAAUUAUCGAAAGCAUAGUGGUAAAGGCGGUUUAAAUGAUUCCGGUAGUGAUACAUCAUGCGGCCGUAGUCGCAAGCGCAGUCGUAGUCCAAUUAAUCGAUCACGCAGUCGCUCAGGUGAUAGCUUUGAUUCGUCGUUGGAACAUACAGGAGUUCGCCAGUGUGACAAUGCUGGUGGCUAUUCUUCGCGCAGCAGCCGUCGGCAUCGCAGUUCCAUUAGCUCGUCUUAUUCCGAGUCUGGACGCGGGUCACGCAACACACAACGUCAAUCGCGCACAAGCUACAAAAAGCGUUCGACGAAAUAUGCUCGCGAUUCAUCAGAUUCGUCGUCAUCAUCUUCAAACUCGGAUUCCUCUGAUCGCAGUCGCUGUCGCAGUCGCAGUCGCAGCCCUUAUUAUCGACGAUCUUACUCGAGAUCUCGCUCGCGGUCACGUUCCAUUUCACGUGCAAGCAAUCGCUUUAGAAGGCCAGGCGGUCAUAAAAAUUUCAGCAAUAUAUCACAACCAGCUGUUGAAGAACGCCGCAUAGUGUACGUCGGACGUAUUGAGGAGGAAACCACCAAGGAAAUGCUAAGGAGAAAGUUUUUGCCUUAUGGCAUCAUCAAACAAAUUUCUAUUCAUUAUAAAGACACUGGCAUGAAAUAUGGGUUUGUCACUUACGAACGAUCAAAAGACGCCUUCACAGUAAUAGACAGUAGCGCACGUGAUCCCGUUAUCAACAUGUACGAUAUCAGUUUCGGUGGUAGGCGUGCUUUUUGUCGUUCUUCUUAUGCAGAUUUAGAUAAUGCUGGAAUUAAUACCUAUCAUUCGGUUGUGUUUCCCAAAGUAGAAGCACCACCUAAAGAGGAAGAUUCAUUUGAAGCUUUGCUGCAGAAAGUAAAAGCGAAAAUGAACGCAAAUAAAGCAAAUUCAGCAACUAAAGCCUGACGUCAGCCAUGGAAAACAAGCGCUACAUAUUGUCUUUCACUGCUGAAUUUCACAUUUUAGUCGCAUCAACCUUUUUAUAUUUACAUUCAUACUUAGCUUAUCGUAUGCAUUAAUAAUUCCAAAUGGAACCAAUGUUAUAUCAAAAUAUCAUUACUUCAUUUUCUACAAAAAUGUGUUUGUAAUUAAGUUUGUAUAUAUAUCUUCUUAUGAAUUGCUUAAUGCAUACUUAUACGUACAUAUCAUUGCUUCAAUAAUGCAAUACAGCUAAGUACUGCUGAUUACUUCUCGCCACAAUGACAUUAGAAGGAGAUUGAACGCGCAUGAUAUGCAUUAUUGGACUGAAAGUAAAUAUUUAUGUAUGCUAAUUUCAAAAACAAACCAACUUGAAGGAUGCGCUUUUUAUGUCUCAUUGUAUAUUGUUAACUAAAAUGGAAUGUGAUAAUGGAAGCCACAGUCAUUGAAAAUAAUUUGAACUGCUUAAAAUCAAAACAAAGGAAAUACCCGCAUAAGUUACUUGCUUAAAUAUAUAUGUUUGUUUGAAUAGAGAUAACUUAAUGAAUUUAACAGAUAUAGAGAAGAGCAUGAUGGUAUGUAUUAAUUGUGAAUUAUUCACAUUUAACAAACAACAAUUUUUGUAAAUUUUGUACAUUUGUAAACAAGUAUAAAAUAUAAAUAAAUAACAUUAAACUACACUGCUACAAAGGAGUCUUGUUCAAACUAUUUACAAACGUACAAAUGUAAAAAAGGAAAACGGACGACGAAUUAAACUGUUGAUAUACAUUUUUAUAUGUAAAUAUAACCCUGAUAUUAGUUGUAAUAGAACACACUUUUUAAAUUUCUUAAACUCAAUUUCUACCUACCUGCUUGUAUUUUAGUUAAGUUAAGAAGAUACGUAUAAUUUGUUAGUCAAAUAAUUUUGGAAGUGAAUGUUGAUGCAUAGUUUGCCUUCGAAUAGGCACCAAUAAACAAUACAUAAAUAUGAAUAAACUAAAAAAUAAUUGGCUUUCUAAAGAACAAGAAUCUUGUUGCUUACAGAAAUACUUUCAAUGUUAUGAUUAUUAAGUGAUAUAUUUUUAAAAAUUAUAAAAAAUCAGAAAAGUACUUGUUAAAUUGCUGAGAGAGUAUCCGCUAACUAUGUUCGUGGUAUGCCAAAAGUAAACCUACUUAAUUGUUAUGCAGAUUUUAUAUUCUUCCUUUUAAUAAGCUACAAUUGAAAGACUAGCAAGCCAUCAAAAUGAAUAUGUUAAACACAAAAAUGUGUGGCUAUUUCAGAUAACUGACGGCUACAUAGUACAUACAUACAUAUUUAUUUAUAUUACCCCUUUAGUUACGUUUUUUUUAAUUACAUCUUCUUAAAUUUAAGUUUAUGCGUUUGCUUUAUAUAGAGUUUGUGUUAAAUAAACUGAAAAGGAUUAUCUAAAAACCAAC